GUUCUUCUUGCUUUCACCAGUAUUUCCGUUCUAUUUCCGAUUCGAAAUCAGUCAUGCCGCCUAAGACGCGUGGAGGAGGUCAAGGGAAAAGAAAGGAGAUAGAAGCGCCGGCGCCGGCGAAGACAGAGAAAGUUAAGGCGCCGGCUGAGAAAGUGAAGGAGAAGGUGCCGGCGAAGAAAGCGAAGGUUCAGGCGCCGGCGAAGAAAGAGAAGGUUCAGGCGCCGCCGAAGAAAGCGAAGGUUGAGGCGCCGGCGAAGACGACUGCGACGGCACAAACGACUGCGACGGCGAUGGCAACGACAGCGGCUCCAACGACAACGGCUCCAACGACGGCUCCAACGACGGAGAGCCCGAUGCUUGAUGAUUCUACGUUUUAUGAUGCUCUGAAGCAAAUUCCGGCUGAAGAAACUCAAGAGAAUAUGCAAACUGAUGAGGUGGAAGAUGAAAAUGAAAAAGAAGAAGGAAGUGAAGAAGAAGAAUCAGGGAGUAGUAGCCAAACCUUGGGCUCCGAUUCCGAUUCAGAGGAGACGGAGACAAACAAAGAAGUCGCGUGUGCUAAUCCCGUGGAAGAGGCGGAGAGACAAGAUGACGGCCUAGCCGUUAUCGAGGAGGAGGAGGAGAGGAGCUCCGCGAGCGACGAGGACGUCAAUGUGGAAAAGUCCGUGGAGGAUGAGGGAGACGAGGACGAGAGAGACGAGGACGUGAUAGUCCAAGUGGAAAAAACCGUGGAGGAGAGGACCAUAGACGAGGACAUCGCAAAUGUGGACGAGAGAGAGGAGGACGUGAUAGUCCAAGUGGAAAAACCCGUGGAGGAGAGGACCAUAGCCGAGGACAUCGCAAAUGUGGAUAUGGAGGAAGCGAUGGCAAUGCAGCCACUUGGAUUUCGCAAGUACUCGUAAAACUAUGUUUGGAUUCAAUUAAUCUAUUAGGAUGUU